CUUGCCUGAACUCCUCACGUGCAGAGAGACAGACUGCCAGGGAUCAGGUUCUUCUCAGUGGGGGCUCAUCUCUCCUGGCGGCUGGUCGUGAUGCAGGAGGCAGCUGGAGUCCUGAAGGAGGGCUUCCUCGUCAAACGGGGACAUAUCGUUCAUAACUGGAAAGUAAGAUGGUUCGUUCUGCUUCAGGAUAAGCUCCUGUACUAUAAACUUGAAGGAGGCAAGAAGGAGUCUUCUCCAAAGGGCAGGAUCCUCUUGGAUGGCUGCACUAUUACUUGUCCAUGCUUGGAAUAUGAGAACAGACCUCUACUCAUCAAACUAAGGACAAAAACCAACACAGACUAUUUCAUUGAAUGUUGCUCCAGAGAGGAGCGAGAUUCUUGGGCUUUGGACAUCACUGGAGCCAUUCAUGCUGGUCACCCAGUGCAGGUACAAGAGCUUCACAGAAUGAAGAACUCUUUCAAACUUCUGGAGAAUAUCAGCCUCCACCACAUAGUGGAUAAAAUGCGUGACAGCAGUACUGGAAUUAAGCUGACCCGCAACUUGGAGCAAGGCAACAGAUACAAAGAGACCUUCACAGGCUCUGCCCUGGUGGACUGGCUCAUCUCCAACAGCUUUGCCGUGUCGCGGUUUGAGGCCGUCACCUUGGCUUCCAUGUUGAUGGAGGAGAACUUCACCAAGCCCGUGGGAGCCCGCAGCAUUGAGGCCAUGCGCUACAGCGACCUCUCUGAGCAGUUCCUCGACGACUCUACCGCACUGUACAUGUUUGCUGAGAGCAGUAAGAAAAUGCUCAGCUCCAAGGAAGAGCUACAAUUUAACAUCUCUGAAUUAAGUGGCAUGAUUGUGAAGCAAGGAUUCUUAGUGAAACAGGGACACAAGAGGAAAAACUGGAAGGUGAGGAAAUUUGUUUUGAGAGCUGAUCCUGCUUUCUUGCACUACUAUGACCCCACUAAGGAAGAAAACAAGCCAGUAGGUGGAUUUUCUCUUCGUGGCUGUCUUGUCUCAGCUCUGGAGGACAAUGGAGUCCCAGCAGGAGUGAAAGGCAAUGUACAAGGCAACCUUUUCAAAAUCAUCACCAAAAAUGACAUUCAUUAUUAUAUCCAGGCCAGCUCCAAGGCAGAGCGAACACAAUGGAUUGAGGCAAUCAAACCACUGACAUGAGUAAGG